AUGGUUCUCGCUUCUGACGAAUACAGCAACAAGCUUUACAUCAAUGGUGCCUUUGUCCCAUCACAAGGCUCGGACCGCCUGACUCUCACCAACCCUUGGGAUGAAUCCAUCGUGGCCGAGGACAUCCAUGUCGCCAACAGUGCAGACGUCGACGCCGCGGUCGCUGCCUCGGUCGCGGCAAUGAAGAAGGGACCAUGGAAAGGCUUCACCGGCGCCCAACGUGCGGCGUGUAUGCUCAAAUUUGCCGACCUGGUGGAGCAAAACAUCGACAGACUUGCCCGGAUCGAGUCUCUGCCCACGGGUCGCCCCUUUUCCAUGAUCAAGCACUUUGAUCUCCCUCACAUGGUUUCUGUGUACCGCUAUUAUGCCGGCUGGGCGGACAAAAUCCCCGGCAAGACAUUCUCCGAGGACAACGGCACGUACAAAAUAGUUCGCUACGAGCCCGUGGGGGUGUGCGCGGGGAUUGCGUCCUGGAACGCCACCUUCCUCUACGUCGGCUGGAAGAUCGCACCAGCCCUGGCCGCAGGUUGCACGUUCAUCUUCAAGGCAUCCGAGAAGUCACCGUUGGGGGUUCUUGGCCUCGCCCCUCUCUACAAAGAAGCCGGCUUUCCGGAUGGGGUUGUUCAGUUCGUGACUGGAGAGCGAGACACUGGCGCGUUGCUGGCCUCGCACAUGAAUAUCUCGAAGAUCAGCUUCACCGGCUCGGUCGGGGGCGGCAAGGCCGUACAACAAGCAGCGCUGAAGUCGAACAUGAAGCGCGUCACCUUGGAACUGGGCGGCAAAUCGCCGGCGAUUGUGUUCAACGACGCGCCGCUCGAAGCUGCGAUCGGAGGGGUGGGACAGGGCUUUCUCGCCAAUUCUGGGCAGAUCUGCGUGGCAGCGUCCCGGGUCCUCGUCCAGGAGGACAUCGCACCCAAGUUUGAAAUGGCUCUUAAGCAGCAGUUUGAGGCUGUUUCCGCCGGCAUGGGACCCAACCCGCUGGAGCCAACGACCAUGCACGGUCCACUGGUCGACAAGGCCCAAUAUGACCGCGUGAUGGGCUAUAUUGAUAUCGGUAAGGGCGAUGCGAAGUUGCUCACGGGCGGGUCCCGGAAGGGAGACAAGGGGUGCCUGAUCGAGCCGACCAUCUUCGUGAAUCCCAAGUCGGGUAGCCGGAUCUGGGACGAGGAGAUCUUUGGGCCGGUCAUGAGCAUCAAGACGUUCAAGACUGAAGAGGAAGCGAUCGAGAUGGCGAAUGAGACAACGUACGGGUUGUCCUCGGCAAUCUAUACCACCUCCCUCACCCGCGGGCUCCGAGUCGCUUCGGCGCUCGAGACCGGCGGAGUCUCCAUCAACAGCCCGUUCAUCCCAGAGGUCCAGUCUCCAUUCGGAGGGGUCAAGCAGUCCGGCACUGGCCGAGAGCUGGGUGAAGAAGGGCUCAAGGCGUACUUGGAGCCGAAGCAGAUCAACAUCAAGUAA